AGGGCCCGUCCAUUCCUAGGGUUUGUACAGCUUCCAGUCGGCGCGAGUGAGGAGACGCGGAAGGGCGAUGGGCGUGUUCACCUUCGUGUGCCGCAGCUCCGGCGGCGAGUGGAGCGCGAAGCAGCUCUCCGGGGACCUGGAGGCGUCGGCCGCUUCGACUUUCGACCUCCAGCGGCUGCUCGUCCAGGAGGCGCUCGCAGUUGACUCCACUGGCUGCGUCCAGUCUUCUUUCUCCAUGGUCUCCCCCUCUUCGGCCGUCUUCCAGGUAAUAAUUGGGGGAGGUGGUGGUGGAGCAUUUAUCGGAGCUGGUGCUCCAGGUGGCGCAGCUGCAGGAUCUGGUGGCGGUGCUGCUGCUCCAGAUGCACCUCCCACUCCCGAGGAAAAGAAGGAAGAGAAAGAGGAGAGCGACGAUGACAUGGGGUUCUCCCUCUUUGAUUAGUUUACCAGUUUGGAUGGCGUGCUAUUUUUGAUCUUUUGAAAAAAUCUUGAUUGCUACCUUAGAAAAUUAAUGAGCGAUGUUAUGCUUUGAUUUAUCAAUUUCAGUCAAUAAUAAAUUUUUGAACUGUCGUA